AUGGCUCCCGUCGUCGUCUCUCACGUCGCCCGCGCAGCCACCAGAACCCUCACACCCUGCGCUGGCUGUCUCGACCCUUCCAAAGUGAACAACAAGAUCUACUUCUCCCUCUUCGCCAUCAUCGGCGCUGCUAUCGUCGUCGCGUCCAUCUGGUUCUUCUUCCACGCAAAGAAUGGCGGCUUUCACUGGCAACAAGGCGACUGGGAUGACUACAAAUCGACCGUCUUGCGCAAGAAAGAUGCCAACGGCAAUACCAUCUACUCUGCCCGCUCCACCAUCAUGCCACCCAGCAAAGGCGACAGGAUCGCUGCCAAAUCCGUUGUCGGCUACGACGAAAAAGGCAGAAAGGGCAUCAUGGCUGUCAGAGGCUUUGGCGGCAGUCAUUCGGUCUACUAUUCCGACUCGUUCACCCAAUACACCGGCGGCGAUCGCAGCGAUGCCAUGACUUCCAUCUCUCGCAACGAAAAGCGCCCUGCUAAGAUGCAAAUCCGUGGUGGUCAUGCUCCCUCCGCGACUACCGAUCACUCUCGCCGUUACCGCGAUCGUGACCUCCGCGACUACAAGCAUGAGAAACCCGCUCGUGUGGGAGGCAUGAACAGAUCCGCCGACGGCACAACCUACGACUUCUCCGACCGUAGCGAAACAAUGACAGAAGCCUCCUCCGCUGCACCAAUCCUUUCCUCUUCCGAUCGCAAGCGCGAGAAGGCGGAGAAGAGGGCUGCAGAAGAUGCUGCCCGUAUGGAAAGAAAAUGGCGCAAGGAAGCAGAACGUGCUGCCGCCGCCCUGGCUCGCGAACAAGCCUCUCCCUCUUCUGCAAAGAAACCGUCCACUCCCAAGAUCUCAUCCAGCCCCAAGGUCGCCUCGUCUCCCGAAAAAGUGGUCAGGAGUUCAAAGAGAGGAGCCAGUCGCAGUCGCUCCAGCAGUCCCAAAAAGUCGCAACCUCCAAGACAACGCGACUACUCCUUCAGCGGCGCCCCUGACGAAAUCUCCACCCAGUACACCGGUACUUCCUACACAGCUACAACCACCAACCGCACAAACAGCAGUUACUACGAUGCUUACCGCCCCCUUGCUCAAGCAUCUCCCCAACAGCAAUCCACCUCAGAACAACGCAGAGAUCAGCGCAGAUCAGAGCGCAGACAAUCGAGCUCGAGAAACAAUUCUGCAUCUCCAUCAAAGCAGCACAGGAGCAGUAGAUACACUUAUGCAGAUAGUGAGGCUGCGAGCUCGGAUAGAAGUGGAAGAUAUGAAAGGGUUAGGGGUGGUGAGGGUAGGAGUGGAGAGAAGAAGAAGAGUAAGGGGAGGGAUGUCAUGGCUGGAUAUCGGAGGGGAAUGGAUAGUUUGGGUAGUGAUUCUGAGUGA